AAUAUUUCAUCAUUUAAAAUUAAUUUAAAUACAAGACAUUGGUGGUUUAUGAAAAAGAAAGAUAAAAGCUAUAACUAAGCAGGUGCAAAUCUUAGGGAUGUUUCAAAAUGGAAGAAUAGAUGAGGAACAGAGGAAAAAAACCCCAAAUGUUGAGAUGGCCCCACCAAGUCAAGCAAAAUGUGCACACAAUACAGCUAGCAAAGCGCUGUCCCAUUGAAGAUCAGAUACAUGAUCACGGGAAAGGUCUGGGCAAAUUAAGAAAUUUCUUCAGCAGUCUUUCAGGUGGAGUCGUAGCCCUAUGGAAAUAUUAUUGUGAGGUUUUGAAGGCCUAUGUUAAAUAAAGCCAAAUAGGAGUGUGUACAUAUAAAUGGAAACCCUAUCUCUACAAUUGGGUAUAGGGAAGAGAAGUUUCCAUUCUAAUUCUAUAUUUAUUUCUAGAAAGCAUCCUUUCUAAAUGGCUAUGAGGAAUCACAGCACCAUCAUGGAGUUUAUCCUUCUUGGGCUGUCUGCUGACCCCCACGUCCAGGCAUUGUUGUUUAUGCUGUUCCUGAUGAUUUACCUCCUGACCAUGGUGGGGAACCUGAUGCUGCUGCUGGGGAUCAGGGCUGAUUUCCACCUUCACACCCCCAUGUACUUCCUCUUGAGUAAUCUAUCAUUUGUGGAUCUCUGCUUCUCUUCAGUCACUGUGCCCAAGAUGCUAGAGAACCUCGUGUCUGAGGAGAAAACCAUCUCAGUGGAAGGGUGCCUGAUUCUGGUCCUCUUUGUGCUUAUCACUGCAGGGACUGAAGCCUUUCUUCUUUCAAUGAUGGCGUAUGACCGCUAUGCUGCCAUCUGCCAUCCCUUGCUCUAUGGCCAGUUAAUGAGCGACCAAAUGUGUUUGAGUCUGGCAUCGGCUUCAUGGGGCCUGGGUUUUCUGGAUGCAGUCAUCAACAUUCUCCCCGCUGUAAAUAUGAACUUCUGUGAAGCACAGGCCAUUCCACACUACAGCUGUGAGCUGCCCUCCCUCUUUCCUUUGUCCUGCUCCGAGGUCUCCACCAAUGUAACUGUUCUGGUCUGCUCCACACUCCUGCAUGGCUUUGGCACAUUCUUCCUGAUCCUCUUCUCCUAUGUCCAUAUUGUCUCCACCAUCUUGAGCAUAAGGUCCACCACAGACAGAAGCAAGGCCUUCUCCACCUGCUCUUCCCACAUCACUGCAGUGAGUUUUUUCUAUGGUUCAGCUUUCCUCCGUUAUCUCAUUCCAAGCUCAGGUUCACCUCUGGAGUUGAUCUUCUCCACCCAGUAUGGUGUGAUCACUCCCCUGGUGAAUCCCCUCAUUUAUAGCCUAAAAAACAAAGAAGUAAAGGCAUCUGUGAGAAGAACCUUGUGA